UAUUCACGACCUCUGCACCGCGUCUCACUUCAAAACCGUCUGCAUCGCGCCUCCGAUCCUUUCCGACGCGAGUUAUCGGAACAAUUUUUUUUCUCCUUUCUUCCUGACGGUAAUCGAUCGCAAUCCGCGACCCCUUUCACGUGUGUCGCUCGGUCGAAUCGUAAAGGAAGAACCAUAUUUACGCUCGGCCAUAUCCGACGAUCGAUAUUUAAACGGUCGAGCUGACGCGAUUCGACUCGACGCCGUCCAUCGAUUAAUUUCUAAAGCGGCCUCGAGCGUAAACCAGAGUUCUUCGAAUCGUUCCGGGAUGCUGUUGCACAACCAGACUCUCAUCAACGGUCCACUGGCUUUCAUGGGCGAGGAGACCGGACAUGUCCCGUCGAUGCGGGAAAGAUUCUUGGGAUGGAACGUGCCCCCGGAUCAUUCGGACCUCGUACACCCCCACUGGAGAGGGUACCUCGCGCCAGGAAAAUAUUGGCAUAUUGGACUCGCACUCAUCUACUCUAUGCUGAUCGUAAUGUCUCUCGUGGGAAACGGUUGCGUCAUAUGGAUAUUUAGCACAUCAAAGUCGUUGAGGACACCUUCGAACAUGUUCAUAGUUAGCCUGGCGGUGUUCGAUUUGAUAAUGUGCAUGGAGAUGCCCAUGUUUGUGAUAAACUGCUUCAUGGAACGGAUGAUCGGUUGGGAACUGGGUUGCGACGUCUACGCGAUCCUCGGCUCUAUUUCCGGUAUGGGACAGUCGAUUACCAACGCAGCCAUCGCCUUCGAUCGAUACAGGACCAUUUCCUGCCCGAUCGACGGACGGCUCAACUCGAAACAGGCGGCGGUGAUCGUCGCUUUCACGUGGUUCUGGGUGUCGCCGUUCUCCGUUCUGCCGCUGUUGAAAAUCUGGGGUCGAUUCACAACCGAGGGCUUCCUAACCACAUGCUCGUUCGACUUCCUCACGGAGGAUGAAGACACCAAAGUCUUUGUUAUGAGCAUUUUUCUUUGGUCCUACGUGAUACCUCUAACCUUCAUCAUUUACUUUUACUCGCAGCUGCUCAAGUCUAUUCGCAAUCACGAGAAAAUGCUGCGCGAACAGGCUAAGAAGAUGAACGUGAAAUCGCUGGUCUCGAAUCAGGACAAGGAGAGAAGCGUCGAACUUAGGAUCGCCAAAGUGGCGUUCACGAUCUUCUUCCUGUUCUUGCUUGCCUGGACACCGUACGCGACCGUCGCCAUAAUGGGAGCGUUCGGAAAUCGGGAAAUGCUAACACCUAUAUCUACGAUGUUACCUGCCGUGUUCGCGAAAACGGUCUCGUGCAUCGAUCCGUGGAUUUACGCGAUCAAUCAUCCAAGGUAUCGACAAGAGUUGCAAAAGCGUUGCAAGUGGAUGGGCAUUCGCGAACCGGAACCGCAUCACGACACUGCUUCCGCUCAGACUGAAAAGCUGAAGUCGGACGACGCGUAAUAAACGACGACGAAUCAUCGAAUCUCGAUCCGCCAGCGGAUAAGAUUCGUUUCUCAGCGUCCCGGUCGAGAUCCACCGUAAAAAAUAAAGCCACCACCGGUGCCGAUCUCGAUCUUUGAUCUACGAUUUCUACUCUCUGGUCGUGGUCCCGUGCCUGGCUACGCAAGUCGGACCGUGGAAAAUACCCAUAACGUCGUGUACGCCGAUACUAUCGAUUGUACUAUUAUUAAAGCAUCGUUAAAGCAAACUUGUUUAACCAUCGUUUUAUG